AGACGGUGGCCCGGGCGCUGGGCAAGGAGAUGGCGCAGUCGCAGGCGCAUGAGGACGAGGACGAGGACGACGACGAGGAAGAGGAGCUCGAGAGUGAAUUGACCGAGGCGCAGAAACGAGAAUUCUUCGGCGGACUAGGUGUCCAGUUGGGGAAUGGUUGAGUGAUAUUGGUUCUUUUUUAGACUCCCUCUGGCUUUGCGAUUUUCGGUUAUGAUGGGGUUAAACUCCUCGAACCACGUGCCAUUGAGGAUAUAUGGGUUCUUUUCACCAAGGAUUAUGUGGCAAAACAACUGUUUGGCUGAUGGAAUUCCGAACUUUUGAGGACAAAGCCAGUGCUAUUAAUAUUGAUACUGGGGUUAACGAACAGCUUGCUAAGAUGAUCCAGAAACACAUCGAACCUGAUCAGAAACUAGCUGUUGGAAGUCUUAAGUAUAAAAAAAUCAUUGAACAACACCUGGGAAUAUCUUGUUUGUUUGAUGAUUGUGUGCUGGAGUUGAUGUGGGGCCUGAAGAAUUGCAUGCAUCAUUUAGUGCCUGGUGAAGAAUUGGAGCUGGCUAAGGAGGAUCGCCUCCAGAUGAGCAAAGGAAUGAAAAUGGUCCUAGAUGGUUAUGGCUUUGAUGUCAAACCAGAGAUGGUUAAUGAGUGUAGCAUUGAGGCGGCAUGCGUGGUGUACAAUUGUGAUUAUUGUGUGGACAAACAUUCUAAAUCCUUACAUGGUGCUGCUAAGCACCUUGAGGAGAUAUCUGGCAUUAACCCUCAAGGUUGGAGUUCAAUGAAGAUUGCAACCGCACUCAUGAUGGUAUGCUGCCCUUAUCAACAACUUAAACCUGGCGAUCCCAGAGAGGCAAACAAUAAUAUCUUGCACAUGUGUUCUGAGCUUGUUGCUCUGCAUUUGACAAAAACUGUCAUUUGGGUAGCUGACAAUAUGUGUUGUGUGUGUUUUCUCUUCAGAUUUUCUCAAAAGAGGUGUGUGUUCAGUUCAGUUGUGGAAAGAUGCACCAAAAUUUGAAGACAGAAUAUGUAAGGUGUCUUGCUCGACAGUCUUCGAUCAGAUGGUUUGGGCUCGCAGUCCUAGGUAUACGAAGCUGAGAGUGUUUGCGAACUGCGUGAUAGAGGCUAGAGAAGCAUAUGAAGCCGAACAAGCAAUGAGCAGUCAAGUGACCUUCCCAGAGGAGAGCACACUUAGGCUCCGCACGGAGCUGCUAGGCCCACACAGGGUAUUUAAUGGUCAAAGUUAGGACAAAACUUUGUUUUGGUUUAGGACUUUUGACUGUGGCGCCUGAGAUCAGACUAGCCCUGUUCCGUGUCUAUCUAUGCCCCUGUCCUGUAAUUUGUGAACGUUGUGUUGCCGUGCUCAGUAGGGGAGUACUACUUCCAUGUCAUUCUUUCAGCAACCAUUGUUUGGUAUGUCUAAGAAAAUAUUUGAUUGAAAGUGUUGGG